AUUUCCCAUUACUUUGAAAGUUGAAACCGUCACCGUUUACAGACAAAGUAAAUGGCUGGCAGAGGAGGAUGGGGAAGGGGACGGGGAAGAGGCGUAUAUGUCCGACCAGUGCCGUUUGUAGUUUUUCCACAGGAUAUUGAUUUGCCUGAUGUUAAGCACGGCAAAAUGGAUACUUCUAUGAGACAGUUGCUUAAAUGGGAUUAUGAUUUUGAUAGAUAUUUUGAAGUGGCUCCUUAUUUCUUGGAGGAGAAGGCAGAAUUGAAGGGGCGCAAAAGGAUGCACGUAGAAAGAUUUUCUGACAAGAAGAAGACCAUUUUUACUCGUGAUUCUCUUCUGCAGGUUUUAGUUUUCGACGAAUGUGUUAAGGAGUUGGUUCCAGGUAAAACGAAGCAGACGCUGAGCCGGAAAAAACGUCAAUGGAACCCAGAAUAUGGUGAGAAAAAACUUGCAUUGCUAGAGAAGGAGCUCCUAGAAGAGCACAAGGAGGGUAAACAUAAAAAGGAGGAAGAAGAUGAAGAAAGUGAAGAUGAAGAGGAAAAUGAAGAGAGUAGCGAGUCCGGCAAUGAUGAUUAUGAUAAGAAUGAUGAUGUUGACGACGAUGAUUUAAAUGAUAAAGAUUCUGGGGAUGAUGAAGCUAUACUGUAAGAUAUCUAUAUGGAAAGUGAUUCUUUACUCAUCCUACGGCUGUUUCUAUACUAGCAUGGAUUACUGCUUCGAGGCUUUUACUUUGCCGAUAUAUCAAAUUAUUUAAUUUACUGACAUCAAAUUAUUUCUUUUUUAAAUUUGCUGCUUGACCAGAAGAAAUGUAGUUGAUUGAGAAGUUAAAUAAGGUAAUCUUGGGUUAAUUUUUA